AUGACUGCGGCUGUCGAGACCGACAGCAACCGGCUGGCCGACAUCACGCUCGAGGAGGACACCGACGCGUCGGACACCUUGCCCGCCAUGGACUGGGGCACGGCGGAUUCCCCGCACUGGGGCAGCUGGGUCGAGCCGGGCACCGAUUACGGCGACUUCCCGCGGCCCGGCAGCCCGCAGGAUGUUUUUGUCAGUGUCAUCCUGCCGUGCGAGGAGGACACCCGGGCACAUGCCCUGAUGGCCCGCCAUGCCAAUCAGUCACCGGUCCUGGGCAUUGACUGCCAGUCGGGCGAUCUGGCCGAGCUCCUUGCCAGCUUGAGCUUCGCCCCGUUCGCCAGGGACACCGACCGGCAUGAGACCCAUGGCCGGGCGGCCCUACCAAUUGGCCCCCCGAGCCCGGAGGUCGGAGGCUCGGCUGCCCGGCCCGACGACCGGGCUGACCCGCGCGGCGGCUGGCUCUCGCGCGGUAAGCGUCUCCUGUCGGGGGGGCUUUCCUUGCUGGUGGCCGAUCAGCGCCGGUCUCCGGGCGAGCGGCCGCCACGGGCCGAGCACUGGAUCGAGUCCUCGGCCGAGGGGCUGGCCAUCCUGUCGGUUGCCGCGGGGACCGCUCUGCGCGGUGUGGGCCGCUGGCUGAGCGAGGUGCGCAUUGACACCGGACAUGCUCCCGACCAGGGGGACAUGUCCGAUGGGCGGGUGCCCCGGGCCGAUGGGGACCGGCAGGCCGGCUUGUUGCCGGAAGGGCCCGACCCUGGCGAGCAACCGCCUGGCGAACUGGUAGAAUGGCCCGGCACCGCGGCCUUGUGCCGUCGAGCUGGUGACCGCCUGCGUGUGCUCUUUGGAAAGGGCCUGGCCAGCGGCCGGGCCUGGCUGAUUCCGCCGCGAGUGGAAUUGCAAAUCUACGUAGAUGGCGCAUGCUUGCGGGUGUUUUUGGAUUCCGAGCGUGUGGCGCGUGCGCUUGUCCGACACGCUCGCCGGCACACCCGGCGGCUGGGGGAGGAAGUGUGCCGGGUGCGCCGACGUUUGCGCGCGGGUCUGCGCCAGGGCCAUGCUGGCACGGCCCUCGCGUCAGUCUACUGGGGCUUCCUGGCCGGAACAGCGGUGGCCGCCGCCUCGGCUGGGAGCACCGCCGCCGCGGCUGCCGUGCCAUCACCCUCCCCCGUCGGCCUGGCCCCAGCGGCCGGCUCGAGCGGGCUUCUCGGCGGCGCGGCCAGCGGCCCAUCAUGCCCCGGGGGCUUGCCCACGGUGGGGUCCGGCAUGCUGGCCCAGAUGGCCGGCUUGACGGCGGGCGACUGUGUUUCCAUGGUGGCCACGGCUGGGGCUCUGCUGGGCGCCGGGCUGGCCACCGUCGUGCGAGAUCCGGGGGCCGCGGUGGCCGGCGCCGCGCGCACAGUGGCCACCCACAUUAACGCCGCGGCGGUGGCGGCGGCAGCGGUGACAGCAAACUGCCCUGCAGCAGGUGGCCAGACUGCCACCGAUGCGGCCGUCCGGGCCUACAGGCCGGGCGUCCCGGCCGCCAGUGAGGGCUUCUCCUCACUGGGGGUGGCCCUGACCGUCGGUCUGCUGGUUAGCACGGCGGCCCUGAGCAUCAUCUCCGGCUGGCCGGAAGAGGAGGACCCCGAAGAGCACCGCUUGACAGCCAGCUCGAGCACCAGCCCCCAACCCUAA